AUGCGAGUCACGGCCCCGGCCCCACGGACACGGCCCCGACCCACGGACACGGCCCUGACCCACGGACACGGCCCCGGCCCCACGGACACGGCCCCGGCCCCACUGUCCGGCCCCACGGACACCGUCCGGCCCCUGCGUGGCCCCCCCGGGACCCCGCCCUGCCCCACGGCCACCGCCACCCUCCUGUCCCGCCGUGUCGCGGGGGUCCCACGCGUGUCGCGGGGGUCCCGCCCUGCCCCGGCGGCCGCAGCAUCCCCGGGCACAUCUGGGGCACAUCUGGGGCGCAGCUGGGCGCGAUCCUUUUCCCCCCACACACACCCAUCGUGGCUCAGUUUCCCCACGCGGGGCGGCUCCGUGGGACGGGGCACGGGUGGGGUGGGGGGCGAUGAGUGCCGGGACCCCCCCCCCCCGCCGCCCCCCGGUCCCUUUCCCGGGCCCCCGCCCCGUCCCGGCGCGGAGAUGCGGAAGCGGCGCCUCCCGCGGCCCAGUUUGGGACCAGUUUGGCCCCAGUUUGGCCCCCGCCGGCGGCGCGUGACCGCCUCACGCGCCCCGGGGCCGCGGCCACGCCGUGUCACGGGUUCGAGCCCCCCCGGCAGCGAAAGGGGAAGUGAAAGGGGGGGGAUGGGGGGCACCGGGGACCCUGUCCGGGACCCCCGGCGCCAUUAA